UUUUAAUACUAUAUCACCCAGAUCCACCAAAUUAGUCAGUUCUCCUGAAGGCAAGCGUCCUCUAUCAGGCUCUUACAGCCUCCUGCUCUCCUGCAAUGCCUCCAGCCCAUGACACCAACAUGAGGUUCAAGUUCUCGAUCCUGGCUCUUUUUCUGGAAGUGAUCAUGAUUGUUUUGUCUGGGAUAUUUGUGGAAUAUAAGGACAGUGAUACCCACAAGAAAUUAUACCCAAUCUUUCAGGAUGUCCAUGUGAUGAUAUUUGUUGGAUUUGGUUUCCUCAUGACCUUUCUGAAGAAAUAUGGAUUCAGCAGUGUUGGUAUCAACAUGCUCAUUGCUGCCUUCGGUCUCCAGUGGGGAACCUUGAUGCAAGGAUUUUGGCACAUGACAGAACAGAAAAUUCAGGUUGAUAUCAAAAGCAUGAUAAAUGCAGACUUCAGUACAGCAACUGCUUUGAUUUCAUUUGGAGCAGUCCUGGGGAAAACAAGUCCUGUUCAGAUGCUGAUCUUGACAAUUCUGGAGAUCACAAUCUUUGCGUGCAACGAACAUCUAGUUACAGAAGUACUUCAGGCCACAGAUGUUGGAGCCUCAAUGACUAUCCAUGCUUUUGGAGCUUAUUUUGGUUUGGCUGUAACCCUAGUCUUGUAUCGUCCUGGUCUGAAAACGAAACACAAAAAUGAAGAGUCUACUUAUCAUUCAGAAUUAUUUGCCAUGAUUGGUACCCUGUUCCUUUGGGUUUUUUGGCCCAGUUUUAACUCUGCUAUUGCAGUUGAACAAAUUUACCAGGAAAAAGCAAUUAUCAACACUUACUAUUCCUUGGCUGCAUCUACUGUUGUAACGUUUGCCCUCUCCAGCCUAGUGGACCAAAGAGGCAAAUUCAGUAUGGUUCUCAUUCAAAAUGCCACCCUGGCAGGAGGAGUAGCAGUGGGUACCUGUGCUGACAUGUCAAUCGGCUCUUAUGCUGCCAUGUGCAUUGGGAGCAUUGCUGGAAUCAUCUCUGUCCUUGGGUUCCGCUUCCUGACUCCUUUGUUGGCAUCCAAGCUGAAAAUUCAAGACACUUGUGGAGUUCAUAAUUUACAUGGUUUACCUGGAAUAUUGGGAGGUAUUGCUGGCAUCGUAGCAACUGCGAUGAGACACCAAAGUAGGCAAGGUAUCUACUUAACUCCUGGCAGGCAGGCCGCUGCCCUGGGCAGUACAAUUGGAAUUGCACUGGUGGGCGGAGCACUGACAGGUGCUAUUCUAAAGCUGCCCUUCUUGGGACAAGCAUCUGACCAGAACUGCUUUGAUGACUCUGUUUAUUGGGAGGUUCCAGAAGAGGAGAAACCACAUGAAAUUCACUUCAACAACUAUGAUGAGCACAGCAGACUUGAAACCACCAUGUAGAAAACUAAUUCAUCUCUAAUAUUUGUCCUAAUGAUGCUCUUCAGUUUCUAAUGCUAACAAACAACAACCAAGUAGUGUCUAAACCACACUAGGUCUUCAAGAAGGGGCUGUAGAUAGGUAUAUUUUUCUAAUGUAAAACAAGCUUGAUUUUAGAAUACAUAGUCAUUAUCCCAAGCUCAGGUGAAUUAAUUAGAUCCUUCCAAAACCCACCACAAACUGCUAUACAAAAUUAUCUGUAUUUUACCUUUUGUCAUCACUGAGUCAAUACAGCCAUUGAAACAACCUUUGUGUUUCAAGCCUAUUACAGGAUACCAUAUUUAACUGCAAGAUUUCUGAGUUACAGUCACAUCCUUCAACUGCAUAGGGAUAAUCAAGAAGAAAUGGACUGAUAAUGUUUAUUUGGAUUCUAACAAGACUUUCACCAGGGUAUCCCAGAUUAACUUUUUAAUAAUAUAAAAAAAAAAUAUUUAUUUAGACUGUUUCAAGGACACAAUAAGGAAACUGAGUAGGAGCCUUCAAGAACAGGUAAUUACAUAUGUCUUACUACAUCCAACAGUAAUAAGUGGAUAGCAGCACUGUUAAUGUCAAGAGAUAUAAACUGAACUAAAUGAUAGCUCCAAGAAAAUGCAAGAGCUGUUAGGAGCUGAUCAGAAAUCAACUCUGUUCAUCCUACCGAAGACUCAGUGGAGAACUUGUGUGUGGUGAGUCGCUACCUUUGAAGUCACUGCCUCCUAAAACAAAAGAAAGCUGAAAGAAGAAAACUGAGCUAAAUUAAGGUGAAUUAACUCCACCUGAGAAGUGUUGACGAUGGCUGCUCAAUUAAAAGAAACAAAAAUUUAGAUAGCUGAAGGAACUCUAUGAGAUGACAGUAGCUGGGAGCAGAGUCACACAUCUGUGCCUACCUACAUGGGGAAAUCCAUUGAGAGGCAAUGGAUGGGAGAUGAAAAGUCUAACAGAAGGAUCACAGUGCCUUUAGGCAUUAUUCAGACACAGAAAGCUAUCACUGAUGUCUCAGAAGGACAAGCUACAGUGGAAGAACUUUGAAGACUUUUUUAUACCACUGUCUUGUUUCAAGUCUUACUUAUCAGAUUUAAGGGGGAAACUCUUCUCAUAUAAAAUAGCACAGAUAUUUUUGGUUCUGCUGAUGUAUUUUUCCUUGAAAAACUUUAGAAAGAUACUGGGCAGAGCUGUCCCAUAUGUUAUAUCAGCUGUAAACUGCUAUAUAUCUCAGGUUUCUAUCUAUGAAUGAAAAUGCAUUUGUUGUAACACACUUGAGUUCAGAUAUGCUCUUUUGCAGAUAUGCAACUACUGACUAUUCUCUAUAUUUUUGGCUAGAAGACACCUUUUAUCCUUUGAAAGCUUUCACAAAAUAAUUUUUGUAAAAACUGAGAAGGUAUUUAAGAAUGUGAAUAUUGCAUAUGUGAAGAUUUUAGAAGUAUUUUGUGCAUAAUUUACAAACACAAAGUAUUGAAGUACUUGAAAAAGUUUCCAUAUGUAGACAAACUGUAAAAAUCUUAUCCUCAAUAAAUGAAGCUUACUCCUCAAAAUCCUA